UUUAGACGGCAUUUGUUAAGAAAUCACAAAAGUGAACCACUUGUGGCAAAAUAUAUUGCUAUGUUAGAAACUUGCAAUGACAAUGAAAGUAAAGCGUUACGAAAAAACAUUUUUGAUGACCUGAGGAAUAAAGGCAAUCAUUUGUACAAUAAACAAAUCCUAAUGAAUGAGACCAGUGAUCUUGAUGUUACUAAACUUCUUCCAUCAAGGCGGCCACCAGUUACAAAAUCACCAUCAAGCAGUGACUUUAUAAUUUGCAGAUUCUGCUGUGGGUUGUUUAUGAAGAAAUCAUUUAGAAAACAUGCUAAAAAAUGUUUAGAGAAAGAAAAAGAGAAAGAAGAAAAUUCAGAUUCAGACAAAAAUGAACAGGAUGACGAAGAUUACUUGAACACACGAGCACGAAAAAGAAUGUGUCCAAACUUUGCGAAAAUGUAUGGUUACUUAAUAACAUCAACUUCAGCUAGUGAGAGCCUAAAAAAAGACAUAUUACCUGCUUUAAAACAAGAUGAAGCAGGCAAAAUAGCAAUGAAAGAUCCACUCAUUAUGGGAAUUGCUAGUGAUUUUUAUAAAAACCAUUUAAACGGCAAGGACAAGUACGUCAUAACCAGGAAGAUUCGUGAUGCAGGAAAGCUACUUUUAAAAGUUAAAGAAAAGGAUGAUACGGUGAAAUGUUUUGAAGAUUGCAUUCAUCCAUUUAAAGUAAGUGCAGUGAUGGAAUCUGUGAAGGAAAUGUGUGGAUUAAAUGAAACUACAGGUGAAGUCAAAGUUGUAGGAAUGCCAGCACGGCUUUCAUGGAUUUUAAAUGAAGGAGCCUCAAGAGCAAUUCAAAAUGUAAUAGAAAACAAUAGCCUAUCUGAUGAGGAAAAGAGAAGGCAAAAAGAAAAUAUUGAUGAUUUUUUAAAAGUAAAAAAUAGACGCUGGCGAUAUGAUGUUUCAACGAAUUCAGAAAUCUCUAGAGUGAGAAAAAAAAUGUUGAAACCAGAAAUAGUAUCCAAUGAAGAUGACAUAAAAGUGUUCACCACCUUCGUUAAAGAAUCGGAAAAAAAAUAUUAUAACCUCUUGCAAACUUCAAAAACUUGUUCUAAUUACGAAAACCUAUGCGAGGCAGUAAUCUGUCAUAUUAUAACUCUUAGCCGAAGACGUCCUGCUGAAGCCACUCGAGCCCUUGUGUACCAUUAUCAGGCCAGAGGAAACCAUAAUUAUGCCUCCUCUAGUAUACUGGCUUCCUUAACUGAACAGGAGAGAAAAUCAUAUAGUGCACUGAACUUGUUUUUGGUACCUGGUAAAAAUGAAUCCCGAGUACCAAUAAUAUUAACUGAACAGAUGAAAGAGUGCAUCGACCUAUUGCUAUCCUGCAGGAAAGAUAUGAAGGUGCCAACAACAAACGAGUUAUUAUUUGCGAGACCAGGCCUUCAAACACCCUUUGAUGGUUCAAAAAUUCUUUCAAAAUUUAGAAAAAUGUGUCCAGGCCUUAAAACGCCUGGGUUCAUGACAGCAACCGGACUUCGGCACCAAGUGGCAACUGAAGCUCAAGUCCACGGAGAAAAGUUUGUUGGCCAUCUUGCUAAAUUCAUGGGUCAUACUAGCCACAUACACAAAAAAAGCUAUCAAUACCCACUAGCAGUAAUUCAAAAAGGUAUUGUUGGGAGCGCUCUUCUUACUAUGGAAGGAUCAAUCGGUGAUACAAGUAUCAACAACAUUUGUCCACCAUUAGCUGCUGCUGAGAAAUUUGAGGCAAACACAUCUCAUCCGCUAAGCAUAAUAGCUACUGGUAAAGUGACUAAACAUUUCGAGAACCGUGAAAAACGCCGAUGGUCAUCUGAGGAAAAAGCCGUUGUUCUAGGAAGCUUUAAGGAUAAAAUCAUUUAAACGGAUCAAUCCUUCCUUAAAGGAAUGUAAGGAUGUUUUGUGUAAAAACCCCAUUCUGGCAAACCGCUCUGUUUGUCAGAUUAAAACUUUUAUAAAUAACAUAAUAAAUGGAAAAACAAGAUUACCUCCAGAAUUUAACCAUUUACUGUAAGGAAACAAUGUUCUACAUCAAAUGAGAUUCCCAGUAAUUUAUUCUUUACAAGAUCUCAUCAUUUUUGCAUCAGAGAUACUUGAAAUUAGCUUAUAAUUAAUUAGCUUAUAUUGUAUUCGAGUCUAUAUAUCCUUUUCUAUUACCAUAAUAACGUGCUGGAGUAGUAGUUUGUUAUGUUAUUAACGCAUUGAACGAAAUGUUUGAUCAGUAAGAUGACAAAGGUUGAUAUUCUAAACCAUUAUCAUAUUUUAGAUAAAAAAAUAU